UGUUGGCAAAACUUGCUGCAUGCACGUACCUCAUCCACAGCCACUUUGCUCAAAUUUGCAAAAAUUGGUGGACGUGGCUGGACGUGUGUGUUUUCCUUAAAACAAAAGUGAUCUAGUGAAUCCGUUUUCACAUAUUAUUCCAGUCCACCAACGUGCACAGCAGGGAAAAUAGGGUUAAUUACACUGGACGGAGCCGUAACAAUCGGGCAGCGCCACGGGUUUUUAGCCGUAACGUGUGCAGUGGGUCUGGGAUUGUUUGCACCCUUUCUUCUUUCACGGCACUGGGUUGUGGCUAUGUGUCUGUCUUCGGAUGGAAUAUUCGAUUAGAUUCGAUGCAUCCGAGCACCGUCCAGUUGCCAGUGCGUAAAUCGUCUCCGUGUUGGUGAUUUGUGUCAAGUGUCCCGACCAGUGUUGUACGAUUGUGUUUCCGUAAUCAAUAAAAUCGCUACCAUCCAAAAUCAACGUGUGUGUGUGUGUGCACUAGUGCUCCAAUCGGUACGACUGUUGCCAGUAUCUCCUUUUUGGGGUGGGAGGGUUGCUCCGUCGCUGUGCUCUCUGUGUGUGUUUGAUUGGCAACAAAAACAAAGCCUACUGCCGUGAAGUUUGAAGACUAGCAGAAGAAAACGUCCUUGGUGCACGAGUGGCUGCCGUCGUCAGCGUCGUCAUCGUUGUCGUCGCGUCGGUCACAUCAUUAGAACGAGUCAGUAUCAUUCGGUUGCUCCACUGGAAGGUGGCCUCCAACGACGAAAUCCCAGAUCGUCAUCAAGUCGUGUGGCUUUCUGCAGCAAUCGCAGUGUGAUCGUAGCCCGUUCUUCCAUUUCGCACCCGUGGCAUAGUUGUGUGGUUUUGUGGCCAAAAAAAAGGAAGAGUUCGAGAAAAGCAUCGAAAAAAAAAUGUCCGAAACACCAAUGCCUGGAUCGGCAAAACCUGCCGGAGGCACAACCCCAACACUGGUCAGUGUGCCUGGCAGUGUGGUCGGGGGUGUGGUUGCUACCGCUGCAGCUACUGUUGUGGCAAGCACUGUAGCGAACAACAGCAACAACACCGGUGGCAAUCCGAACGGGUCCAGCACCGUGGCAGCAGCCUCUCAGGCGGAACCCGACAUGAAGGGUUGGCUGCUAAAGUGGACCAACUACCUGAAGGGAUACCAGAAACGGUGGUUCGUGCUGUCGAAAGGCGUGUUGUCCUAUUACAGGGCUGAACAUGGAGCCGGACCGUAUGCUGGGGGCAGAAGUGCCGCGGGCAAAUUAUCUAUAAGACGCCGCAGGAAAGGCCCCCGACCCGAGAGCAAAGGAACCAUGAUGCAAUGCUUAAGAGCCCCACGUUCUCCAACUAGAUUGGUACCCUCCUCCCUGCCAGACUCGAAUAGCAAUAGCAGCAAUGCGCUGAUGAAGAAGCAUAGCAAAAAGCUGAAAAAAAAUCAGGCCGAAAUGGCGCACACAUGUCGCGGCACGAUAUCGCUGCACGGUGCUCUCAUCCACACGGUCGAUUCCUGCACCUUCGUCAUCUCGAACGGUGGCACGCAGACAUUCCACAUCAAGGCCGCCAACGAGGUCGAACGGCAGUCCUGGGUGACGGCACUGGAGCUGGCCAAGGCGAAGGCAAUCCGUGCGAUGGAAAGUGAUGAAGAGGAGGAGGACAAUACGGCCAACACGAUACCGAGCGAGGAGCUGAAUUUGGUCGUGCGGGAGCUGACGGUUAGGUUAGAAAAUUUGAAAACAUGUUACGACCUUAUCACCAAACAUGGGGCCGCCCUGCAACGGGCCCUUUCCGAGCUGGAAACGGGUGACGAUCUUGCGAACAAAACGAAAAUUGUCAGCGAACGUGCGACACUGUUCAGAAUAUCGUCCAAUGCAAUGAUCAAUGCAUGUUCGGAUUACUUACAAACAGCGCAGACCCAGGGUCACAAAUGGUCUAAAAUGUUGCAGCACGAACGUGACCAAAAGCUACACCUAGAGGAAAUGGUUGAGCAGUUAGCGAGACAACAUUCACACCUGGAACAGGCAGCCACUCGUCACAGGCCCAAUGCAACCACAUCCGCGUCGGAUGACGAAGAUAACGAGUUCUACGAUGCGCAAGAGGAAGGCGGUUCCGUAACACUGCAGGAAGAUAGCUCAUUUAUACUAAAUAUACCGGUCACAACGCAUCACAACCACCGGCGGAAUUCGAACGACGCCACCGGAAGCUCAUCGGAAGGGGAAGAAGGAAACAGUGAAACGCAGCAAGUAUUAGUAGUCGCUGAGAAUCUAGACAAUAUGGAUGUGACGGACAGGAUAUCUGUACAUAGUAGCCAAGCACUAACACCAACACUAUCGAAUCACUCCAAAGUCGUACGCAAACGGCGGACACGCGUGACCGAUAAGCCCAACUAUCCGCUCAACCUGUGGUCGAUCAUAAAGAACUGUAUCGGCAAGGAUCUGUCCAAGAUACCGAUGCCAGUCAACUUUAACGAACCCUUGUCAAUGUUGCAGAGAUUAACGGAAGAUUUCGAGUAUGCGGAAAUUUUGGACAAAGCGGCACAGGCGAAAGAUACCUGCGAGCAGCUUGCGUACGUGACAGCAUUUACCGUGUCGAGCUACUCCACCACUAGCAAUCGUACUGGCAAACCGUUCAAUCCACUGCUAGGAGAAACAUACGAAUGUGAUCGCACCGAAGACCUCGGUUGGAGGUGUAUUAAUGAGCAGGUAUCUCAUCAUCCACCGAUGGCCGCUCAAUACUGUGAAGGGCGGGGCUGGCGAUGCUGGCAAGAGUUCACAAUGACAUCGAAAUUCCGCGGCAAGUACAUCCAGAUCGUGCCGCUCGGGUAUACGCACGUCGAGUUUCCUGCCACCGGUAACAAGUAUACCUGGCGCAAGGUAACGACAACCGUGCACAACAUCAUCGUCGGCAAGCUGUGGGUUGAUAACCACGGCGAUAUGGAAAUCUUUGGCGAAGGAAGUGCGAAAGGAGUAAAGUGUCACCUAAAGUAUCUUCCGUACUCGUACUUUACGCGCGAUACCCAACGGCGGGUGAAGGGCGUGGUGAUGGACAACUCCAACCAGGUGAAAUGGGUCAUUAACGGUACGUGGGAUUCCAAGAUCGAAAUCGCACCAGUAACGUCCACGAGCGGAUCGAUGGAGAAUCCCGUAUACAAGACCGGCAACUAUAAGACGGCCUGGACGCGCCGUAUGCCACCGCCGGACAGUGACAAGUACUACAACUUCACACUACUCGCCUGCCAACUGAACGAACCGGAACCGAACGUAGCGCCUACCGAUUCGCGGCUACGGCCCGAUCAGCGACUAAUGGAGGACGGCAAAUGGAACGAAAGUAAUCAGGAGAAGUUACGGUUAGAGGAAUGUCAACGAGCUCGUCGCCGGCAGCGUGAAGCCGAAGCGGAAACGGCCGCCUCCGAUGGGCGACCGUAUCCACCGUACGAACCGAUCUGGUUCGGCAAAGAGAAGGAAGAGGGUACCGACCAGCUGGUGCACGUGUACAAGGGCACUUACUGGGAUUCGAAAGCCAAACAGGAGUGGUCGAAAUGUCCGACCAUUUUCUAAAACCAUUCGGAAGAAGGAAACAAAUUGUGAACAGGAGAAAAAAAAACAAAUGAUACCCCGUAAAGCGCUCGUCCCCCAGUUUUAGGCUGUGGAAUGAAGCGCUCGUAUGUGUGGAAACGUCCGCUAGAAGCUGGAAAUUGCUUAUUCCCAAUGUUUCUCUAAGCAGCAAAUGCUUUUCCUAAUGACCUAACGUCGGUGAUAGAGACAGAACGGAAGAACGAGAGAAAUGGAAGAAGAAAAGUCGAGGUAAAUCAUGUAUCUUCUAAAAACAAAACGUUAAUUUAACAAAUACAAGAUUCUUAACAUGUUCGAAUAACUUGGUUGAGAGUGUGCAGCAUUGUGAACGUGUGCAACGUUGCAAUUCGUAUUUGCCAUCGCGUCCUAUCCGUGUACUCGACACUCCUAUAUGCCGUCUGCAGAUGAUCGGGUGAAAAAAAACCGGUUGCCAGCAUUUUGUAUACCAUACCGUUGGACAGUAGGGAACUUAGAACGGGAGAAGGGUGGUAAGGUGUGUUUUAUGGUGAAGGAAAAACGGAUAAACUCAAGCGAAGUGCGCGAAUUGUAGAGAGGGAGCGAGACCGGGAUUUAAUGUGAGCUUGAAAGUUUAAGUGUGCGCGUCCGAUGGAAAGGUGGUAGUAACUAUAAACGGAUUCUCAUAAGCAAACCAAACAAAAUAGUCCUGUACAGAAAACGGUAAAUGCGGUAAAUUUAUCCACACACUAAUGAUAUCAGCGCCCUAAAGAAAAACAAACAAACAAAAAACAAAUGUGAGCUGUUACUAUUUUGUUUCAUGAAUAUAGGUGGACACUAGGCGUGUUGUUCCAUUGUUCUUUGUUCAGUUUAA